AUGUCUACCAACUGCAGAAGACGUCUUAUCCGUGAUUUCAAACGUCUCUCUAGUGACCCGCCAAGUGGCAUUUCUGGAAGUCCAUGCCCGGAUAACAUCAUGAUCUGGAACGCUGUCAUAUUUGGGCCUUCUGAUACACCCUUUGAGGACGGCACAUUCAAACUCCUGCUCACAUUUGAUGAAUCUUACCCCAACAAGCCGCCUACAGUAAAAUUCCUUUCCAGAAUGUUUCACCCAAAUGUAUAUAACAACGGCGAACUCUGUCUGGACAUUCUACAAAAUCGCUGGUCUCCCACGUAUGACGUCGCUGCCAUCCUUACUUCCAUUCAGAGUCUCCUGCACGAUCCUAAUCCGAAUAGCCCGGCAAAUGCAGAGGCUGCGCAGCUGUACCGAGAAAACAUGAAGGAGUACGUGAGAAGGGUGAAAGCCACAGUGGAGGAUAGCUGGUUAGAUCCCGAAGAGAAGCAGAAGAUGAUGGUUGAUGGCGACGGGGAAGGUAGUAUAGAAUCUGCUGUCUGA